AAUGUGAGCCCGGGUGGCCGUGGAUGCCUGAGCAGCUGCCUGGCCCGCCCCCUAGAGCCGCGGGCAGAGACAAAGAGACCUUGUGGCCCCGCGCAGCCCGGCGCGGGCGGGCCCAGCUCCCCUCCCAGGCUGCCCGGGUGGGCGAUGGCCAGGUCCCCAAUCGUCGCUCCUCUCUGAUCUCUGUGAGAUCACCUCUCUCGCAGUCUGAUCGCCUCCAUUCCCCGCCCUGAUCCCGGAUCUCCCAUCACUCACAGCCCUCCUUCCAGUCUGCCUGUGUCUGUCUUUCUGUCUGUCCUCUUGUCCUGGCGCGCAACCUCCGGUCAUCGGCUUGGAUGGACGCAAGGAGGCUGCCCUGGUGUCCCGGGGUCUUGCUUCCGAAGUUGGUCCUGCUCUUUGUCUACGCAGGUGAUUGCCUUGCCCAGUGUGGCAAAGAGUGCAGAUCUUAUUGCUGUGAUGGGACCACACCCUACUGCUGCUCCUACUAUGCUUAUAUCGGGAAUAUCCUCUCGGGCACUGCUAUUGCCGGCAUUGUGUUUGGGAUCGUGUUCAUCAUGGGGGUCAUUGCUGGUAUUGCCAUCUGCAUCUGCAUGUGCAUGAAGAACAACCGAGGGACCAGAGUCGGGGUCAUCAGGACCACCCACAUCAACGCCAUCUCCUCCUAUCCUGUGGCUCCACCCCCAUACAGCUAUGACCACGAGAUGGAAUACUGUGCAGACCUGCCUCCUCCAUACUCACCGACCCCACAGGCUUCAGUACAGCGAUCCCCACCUCCUCCUUAUCCUGGCAACUCAAGGAAAUAAUCUUUCUCCCAGAAAAGCACGUCAGAGGUCUUUCCCAGAAUAAAAUGCCUCUCUUCCAAUCCAAAUAGGAAAGGUUUGCUUGAAAAAGCAAACAAAAAAAAAAUCUCUUUUUUGUCAGACAACAUACCAAGUGGGAUGGCCUGGCUAAGAUAUACAGAAUUUCUCUCAGACUGAGAGCUGAGCCCAUCUGGAUAGUAGGUUUGAUGGGAUUACAUUUGAAGAGAGCUGCUGAUCCACAGGCACAUAUGCCAAGAAGAAUAAUGUGAUAAACAAAAUAUCUGAGAAUCAUGUUGCCUAUGGAACAGAUGGAGGAAAUUGCAAUGUUGACCCUAGAAAAUGAAAGAACAAGAAAACAUCUGGGAUCAUAAUUACAUCAAUAUUAUUUUUUAAAAAACACAACUACAUUCUGUGUGACUUUAAACCCAUAUCUAGAAUCACCCAUCAAUAAAUACAUACAUUCACUGCUAACUACAGUUCAAGUGCCUGAGAGCCCUCUCUGUGCCUUCCACUGCUUGAAGCCCUGGAUAGAAGGCAGAAAAAGAUAGUUGUGGUUUCAGGGUAAGAAGAAACAACAAGACCUUUCAUUUGCCUAGACUGUGAAGCUUUAAAAGAAGUCUAGGUGACUAUCUGGUAGAGGCAUAUUCUAGAAGGGGUAAUUUAACCAAAUAUAUAUGUCUGGGUUCAUUGGAUCCCCAAACUUCUGUUCAUGUUGUUGGUAGAUAGUACAAACAAUAGGAAAAACUCAAUCAUCUCUACUGAAUUUGACAGUCAAAACAGAAUCAAAGGAACUCAGCAACCCAUUUGAAGUCAAGAAUGCUUCGAUGCAGGCUCAUGGCACAGAACAAUCAUCUGCCUAUGUUUAGUAUAAGAGGGGUCAAACUACAGAAGAAAAAAAAUUGUAUCAUGUUCCAGCAGCAACAAAGGCUCCACUUCAUGUUUCUGAAAAAGAGAAAAACCAAAUAUUCACAAAGGACUUAAUAUCAGGGAGUAAAAUCUCAGAGCUUGACCAUAGAGAUCUCUAGCACCUUAUUUAAAAGAGAGAAAAACUAUGUUCAGAUUCCCUUAUGUGGAAUCCCAGUCACAUGUAGUUUAGACAAAUUCCUAUUUCUCUUUGUAACCUUUUUGAUAGUAUAUUCACUUAAAAUGUUAUACAGUCCAUGAAACCUUGAGAUGUUGAUGUCAGACUGUUGUCUUUUGCCAAAAAUCAAAUUUCAGGAUGUGCCUACCUUUAGAUGUUAACGUUUUUAAUAAACAACUUUAAUGUGUCA